UCAGUAUGGAUUUGCUCGAAUUUCCUCUAGAAUUAGUAGUGGAUGUCUAUCCUUGGUAGCAGGAGAUAGAAAAUUUGAAUAGGACAAAUGCACCAGGGACCAGAGGUGAAAGAGACAAAUGGCGAGCUCGAGAUUCUCGAGCCAGCACUAGUGCCCGUGCAUCCGCUACUCAACUUUUCUCUAGAUACAAAAAGGAGGAGAAGAGUAGAGAAAUGGAAAACUAUUCCUCUGGAACCCAAAGGAGAGAUAGAUUGUGUUGAUUUCUGCGAGUACCAAGGAUGGGGUGCAAAGCUAAGGCAGAGACUUGAUCAUGUUGGGCUUGUGACACUCUUCAGUAGUAAUGGCAAUGGGGCAGGGAGGGAUGGAUACCUCAAUACUUAUACCGCCUCGCACCAAUCUUAGGUUGAGGUGAAUCACCUAUUCUUACAUGUUAUCUGGAAAAAAUACACGUAAAUUGGAGUGGUUGCAUGCCAAUAUGAAGGUUAUUUGAAAGUUGUUUUUAGUGGUCUACCCCAAUAUUGUUUACUCUCUUUCCCAUAACGAAAUGAAAACUUUUGAAUUAUGCCCUAAAAAUAUGUUUUCAUAAGCAAGAAAUGUAGUAAUGCUUGACAGAUUAAUCAAUUUUUCGCUUGGUGGAAUCAUUGAAUUGGUAGUGAUCCUGUUAAUGCAACGACAUGUUUAAAAAUUUUCUUGAAAGUACCAGUAAGAUAAAUAGAUGAGCUAUUAUUCGUGUGGGUAUUUCAUUUAGUUCAACUACAAUAUUUAUAUGUGGGGUGUUUUAUUCCUUAAAUAUUUGAACUUUAUUUGAGGCUAGAUUUGAUGAAUCCAUUUAUGGUAAUUGCUUAGGGUUUUUUUAUGAACUUAUAUAUCUGUUGAAAUUUAAAUUAUUGUUGUUUGUGAGAGAAUUCUAAUGAACGUUCCAUAAAAACUUGGGCAUUGAUAGAUUGGUUAAAUUGCUUGCUAAUUUGGGACAUGGAAUUGGUUGAACACAUUUAGUUAGUUGUGAUAACAAGUAAACAUGGUAGUGGUUGUGUUGUUCUUAGUUGUCACACGAGUUCAUACAAAUGAAAUUAAAGAAUAACUUCAUUGUUUGUGGCAAUUGAAUAGUUAAAUGGGAAAUAGUCUUACAUAUAAAUAUAAGUGGGGAGCAAGGAAUGGAUUUAGAGGCUGUCUUAGGUGAAAUUUGAGUUUGUUUAUUUAUGUGAUAAGAGUUAGCUUUGACAAAUUUUUCUUUGUACCAAUGUUUCAAAUAGUCAUUAAUUGAAGUUUUUUCGAAGGCGUUAAUCAUCAUAUUUUCCAUCGAAGGACAAUAAUUUUCUUUUAUAGUGAAGAUUGACUAUGUAUGUAUCAUAGGAAGCAACUCUCAUGUUGUCAUUUAUGGACUUUUUUUUAUAUAAGCAACACUUUGUUUGUAAUCAUAUAUGUUACUAUUAGUUGCAUUUUCUUUGUUAGUCAUUUGGCAUUUCUCAUGAUUCAAUGCAUUCAAAGCAUAUAAAGAGUAGUUUGAGUAUUGUGUAGAUAGUUUAUGACAAAAUACAAAGCAAAAUAUACAUUAUGAGUAUGAAUGACACAUACGAAUUAUAUAAUCAUCAAACUCUCCCGGCCAAAAGGCCGGGCAUUGUGCUAGUAUUCUUUAGGGGGACUUUUCUUUUCUUUGAAGGGAAAUAAUAAUAGAGUUCGUUCAUAUGGUUUUGAGGGAUUUGGGUCCAAAUCUCUCAAUCAAAAAUUAUAUAUUUUGUAUGUAGGAUUUAGGUAAAUUUCUUGUGUGUUUACAAAUCAAGGUUUUCAAUGAAAAGAAUCAAAAUACAAUAUUUCCCUUCUAUUCAUCUUCUUCAAUUCUUUCUCUACUUCUAUUGAAACCUCGAACCCAGAAUCUGAAGGAACCUCGACCAUCUAUUUCCAUAGUUAGUUUGCUUCUCUGGCUAAGACAGCGUGACGACGACUGUUGGAGUAAGCAGAGGAAUGAAUAAUGAAGAACAUGUCAAUCCCCGAACACACCAGCAACAACUUGUUCUUCACUCGAGUUCAUGAUGCAGAGCUGUUGUAGACUGAUUGCUUGCCAAUUCGGAACGGUGUCCUUCUUCAUUCAUUCGAAGUCAACAAGAAGACUUGGUCUAUUAAUCCAGAACGUUGUCGUUCCAAUUAGCAACUGUAAAUGGUUUAUUGCUCGACACAUGUACAGAUUACAUUGGAUAGGUUAAUUGGUAGUUUUCCGUUUUUACUGUAAAGUAGUCGUUUAAACUUUUUCCUUUUUCUCUGUAAAUAUGCUCUGCAGUAUAAAUGGGAAUGAGAAAC